AUGAUCGACUUGAUCAACUGGAAGUUCACUUUAGAUCUUGACAUAAGGAGGCUGCAAACAGAUGAGAGGUCCGUUCAUCAAGUGAUAUAUGAAAGCUUGUGCUGGAUAGAAAAGAAGAACGUGCAGAUUGAAAUCAUACUUGAUUAUAUAUUUCUAGAUUGUUUCCUUAAAAUAUUUCCUGAAUUAAUGAGCAUUUCGCACGAAUACGGAUCAGAAGAUGUUGAAUGUGUGGCUCCCAUAAGUGCAAACAAUGACAUAUUGAAAAGGAUGUUUAAACAACAAAAGGUUGCAAUUUGUCUUGCAAUAACAAAAAGAUUUCCAUUUUUGCAUGGGUUGCAAGAUGUAGGUUUACUGUCUGAACUUGAAUUACUGAAGCUGCAAGCAGAUGAGAGAUCCACCCAACAUGUGGUGUAUGAAAGUCUGUGCUGGAUCGAGGAGAAGGAGAAAGAAAGCUUUAAAGUCUUCUUUGUUUACAUAUUUCAGAAAUGCUUCUUGAACCUCUACGGCAAACUAAAUAUCAUCUCACAACAAAUCAAGACGCAAGCUGACCCUGUAAAUAUAUGUCCAAUCAGUACUGAAGAACUAAAGUUAAUUUUGAAGAGAGAGAAAACUCACAUUUCAGAUGCUAUAAAUCUAUUAUUUCCAUUCAUGAAUGGCCUGCAAGACAGAGGUAUUCUAUCUGAACUGGAAUUAUUGAAUAUUCAAGCUGAGGAAUGGCCUGUUAUGAAAGUUGUGCAUAAAACUCUGUGCUUGAUUGAAGCAGAGAGGACACACCUGUUACAAGAUUUCUUUGCCUACCUGUCUCAAGACAUGUACCUAGAAAUGUUUCCCAAACUUAAAGACAUUUUAGAAAGAAUCUUGCAAAAUGCACCUCCUGUACUGCAGUUGGAAAAGAGAAUCGGUAAGAAGCCAUAUGUAUAUGAAUCAGAAGAUUUUAGAAAUGUGAAGGCCCGAUUAACCUCAAAUUUUGAUGAACCCCCUCCACUGUUGUUGGGAAAUGGAAUCAGUAAAAAGUCAGACAUCUAUAAAUCAAAAGAUUUUAGAAAUGCAAAGGCCCAUAAAGUCUCGAGUAUUGGUGAAACUCCUGCACAUAGUUUGGGAAAGAGAAGAAUUAAGAAACCAGAUAUGUAUGAAUCAGAAGAUUUUAGAAUUGCCUAUUCAACUUCAGAUCUAGAUGAACCCAUUGCUUGCAGGCUACGAAAGAUAAAUCGUAAGAAAUCAGGUAUGUAUGAAGCAGAAGAUUUUAGAAAUGUGUCAAAUGAAAGAAGAAUGUAA